CGGGCUGCACCGGGCGGGGCGUGUCAUACCUCCCGGCCGGUCCCCGGGUAUAUAGCGCGCUUACGGGGCUCAACAUGCAGUGUUCUGGCCGGUACGUUUCGAGGACUUUAGUAGACGUGAGCCAGCAGCCGACCAGCAUUGCCCGUACGGAGCGCGGACGGACCCCCGUGUGAAGUUGCUGCUUUCUUUGCGGAGCGUGCCUGUUCGUGGAUCGCCCGGCCGACACUGAGCUUUCGGAGGUUUUCGGAAGUUACGCGGGACAUGGGGAGAGGUGCUGGGCAGCCCAAGCUUGCUUCCAGCCCACAGCUCCAGUAACUGUGCGCCUAGAUCCCUUGCGCUCCCCCGGGAGAGUGAGAAGUGCUGAUCUCCGGGGCCGUCCGUGACUCUCGUCGUACUAGCGCUGCGCUCCGCUCUGCAGGAUGAAUAUAGUGGUGGAGUUUUUCGUGGUCACUUUUAAGGUGCUCUGGGCCUUCGUGGUGGCCGCUGCAAAGUGGCUGGUCCGCCCCAAGGAGAAGAGUGUGGCCGGCCAGGUGUGCCUGAUCACCGGGGCUGGCAGCGGACUUGGUCGCCUCUUUGCGCUGGAGUUUGCCCGGCGCCGGGCUCAGUUGGUGCUUUGGGAUAUCAACACCCAGAGUAACGAGGAGACGGCGGACAUGGUGCGGCAGAUCUACCGGGAGCUGGAGGCUGAGGACGCCCUUCGAGCCAGCAGUUCGUUGGAGGAAGAAGUGCUGCCGUACUGCAACCCGCAGGUCUAUACGUACACCUGCGAUGUGGGGAAGCGGGAGAGCGUGUACACCACGGCCGAAAGGGUCCGCAGGGAAGUGGGGGACAUCUUCCUGCUGCUCAAUAACGCCGGAGUGGUUUCGGGACACCAUCUGCUGGAGUGCCCUGAUGAGCUGAUCGAGAGGACCAUGAUGGUCAACUGCCAUGCGCACUUUUGGACGACAAAGGCGUUCCUUCCUAAAAUGAUGGAAAUGAAUCACGGACAUAUUGUUACUGUUGCCAGUUCGCUGGGGUUGUUCAGCACUGCAGGAGUAGAGGAUUACUGUGCCAGUAAAUUUGGUGCUGUGGGAUUCCAUGAAUCUCUUAGCCAUGAACUAAAAGCUGCAGACAAAGAUGGGAUUAAAGCUACUCUGGUCUGUCCCUAUCUGGUGGACACAGGCAUGUUCCGCGGGUGCAGAAUCCGGAAAGAAAUUGAGCCAUUCCUCCCACCCUUGAAAGCAGAUUACUGUGUGAAGCAGGCUAUGCGCGCAAUCCUUACAGACCAGCCUAUGAUCUGUACUCCUCGUCUCAUGUACAUGGUCACAUGCAUGAAAAGCAUUCUGCCUUUCGAAGCUGUGGUCUGCAUGUACCGGUUUCUAGGAGCAGACAAGUGCAUGUACCCAUUCAUUGCUCAAAGGAAACAAGCCACAAACAACAAUGAAGCUAAAAAUGGGAUUUAACCUUUUGUGUACUUAGUGUAAGACCUAUACAUAUAUAUAUUUGUGUUUUUAUUAUUAGACUGCCAUUUAAUAUACACAGUCCACAGAUUGACUGAGAUGGGAGAGGCACUUGUGCGUCGCUGCCGUGUAUGACCAGUAUUCCUGCAGCGUCAAUAUCUCCAACCUAUGGCCUGGACUCUAAAUUACGUUGAGCUUUCCGACCCCUGCCCUGUACGAUACACUGUAAAUUUGACUUGUUGUAAUUGCAAAAAUGUGACCGCUUUAUUAAAGCAUAUCUAGCUAAAAUGUAGCAUUCAAGUUUUCUCUAAUGAUACUGUACAGACAGUAAACGGUUUCUCUUUGUUUGUGCACUGUUACACUAACAUGUAUUUAAAUAAACCCUUAUAAAUGUUUUAAUGGAAACUGGUUGUAAUAGGACAGGUUUUUAAGCGUUUUGCGUUUGUUACGGCAAAUGUAUCUCUUUGCUGGUACUAUGAUGGGAAACAGACUUUUGUGAUAGGUUAUCUUAUAUUUAUGCUUGUAUAUGCAAGCUGGAACAAAGAUCUUCGCCAAGCGGUUAAUGGCAAACUCCCACCUCCUUCUGUAUACACAGGGGGUUCGUUAGUGGGUAUCGCAGGAGGUUUAGAAUGUGGAUGCCUUCCACUAUUGGAUGCCUACGAUCUAUUUAAGAAGAAACCAGAAUAUCCGUGCCGUUAAACUACUUGUACAUGUGAAAUAUGUAAGGGUGUAAAAAAUGUUCCUUUCUUUAGUGUUUUAGUAAAUAAAACCUUUUGGGGUUUUUUUUUUGUACAGAAAACAUUUUACAAUUGUGCCUUGGAUUUGGUAACGGGAUAGUUAGCAAGCAUUGUAAAGUGAAUUUCUACCUCUAUCUAAAUGUAUACCAUUUUCUUGUAAAUUGCUAUAAAACAUGUUUUUGUUUGUUCCUGUUUCUUUGAUGUUUUUGGCUAUUAACCAGUGUCUGGUUUUUAUUAAAGCAAAUAUUCAUUGACUAAAA